AUGGCAAACGACUACCUCUCGCCCAUCGCGCCGGCGCGCGUGCGAGUCCUCGUCCUGCCUGCCGGGCGCAUCAAGAAGCUCCGCUUCACCACCUUCUUGCAACGACUAGAACAGCACGACACCGUCCGACUAGGUGACAUUAGUCCUGAUGCCAAAUCCACGAAUACUCUUUUCUCUCCUUUGGCUUUUCCGAAUGGCUCCCUUCUAUACAACUUCUCAACCUCGGUCCCGCCCUCCUCGCACUCCCAAUUGGUCCCCUUCGACCUGUUCAGAGAGCACUUGAUGGUCCUGGGUAUUGUCGAUGCAAAAGAAUACGAGUCGUCGCCUAAAGAAGAAUUGCAACAUGUAUCAGACAGGUUGGCUGAACAGCACCCCAAAAUACUGCUUUCGCAACUACUGGUUAUGGAUUGCACUCAGGAGCAGCAAGAGAGUUGGAAUUUAGACAAGGCAAUCUGCGUCCCUCCCUCGCAUGCCGCAAAGAUAACUACCAUGAACACCGUCAUGUGCGAUAUUUCAGCCAGACUGCUGUCAGAGAUGGGCACUUAUGCCACUGCCGUACAAGCUCUGCCAAGUGUUCAGUCACCAGGUGCCUCCACCUCUCGUCCACCGCUAGACCGCUCUCUUUCGCUGCGCAUGGAUUCUUCACGUCCAGCCUCGCCCGCCGAUUCUUCCUCCGCCAUUUCUCGCUCCGAGACACCUCCUCCGAGAGGCCCGCCCACAAACUUCGAUGACAUGGGAGCACACACUCGAUCAGACAGCGGCAAGAUUGCGAAUAGAGAUCGCAUGUCGACCCAGGCUUUUGCCUCCACUAGCGCACAAGAAAGAGCAAAGAACAAAGGCAAAGCAAGAGUUGGCAUCGUCGUCGGAAACUUGUACAUGCUAGCUGGACGCUGGAACGAUGCUUGGCGAGAACUCGUUGAAAACACAAACAAGGCUCGUACUGCCUCUGACUAUCUUUGGUACGCAAAGGGCUUGGAGAGCAUAGUAGUCUGUAUGCUUUUACUUAUUUGGUCUGGCUUUGACUUCCCCAUUCCUGCCAUCUGCAAUUCUGGACCUGACAGAUCUUCAUCUCUUAUCUCUUCCGCCAUCACCAGAGAUGGUGUACCGCCUAUAGGUCAGCAAGACCCUACCGCUGCCAAACAAGCUGCUUCAAGAGCUUCCAGACUUUUUCCCGAUCUCAUACCCAUGAUCAUUUCAGUAUACGAAAGAACAAGCACAUUGGCUGGUGAGCCCAUAUCUCCUGUUGCCUAUUCGGAAAGUGUCUUGAGGCUUUCAAAGCUACUCGCCUUUUUACAAAACGCAGGUGGUGAGCUGGACUCUGCCAUCUUACGAAAGAUUGCUUCCUCAUCAAGUCGCUCCUUGUAUCAACCAAAAGCUAAUGCGGGCUUCUCUGGUGGCAUUUCAAAACAUGCUAUUGCUGAUAUUGCUCUUCGUGCAUACCCACCGCCAAGUGCUGGGGUGCCUCUUGCCGAUACUGUAGCAAUUCAGGCAGGCAUAGUCUCUGUUCUUUCCAUGCUCGGUUUUGAGCGCAAGAAAGCUGUCAUUGUGAAGGAAAUGAUUACACUUCUCGUUCCUGCUCUAGUUCAAGCCAGAAAGGUCGGUGCUGCUGAGAUGGGUAUACAUGCUGCUGCUAGCUUGUCUGCUGUGUUCAGUACAGGAUUGCCGUCCUCGGAAAACACCGAGGAACAGAUCGGUCUUGGAAACAUGCUGCGAGAUCUGCAUUCUACUUAUGGCGCUCGCGAUCAUGACCAUCUCGAGACUGAGAAGAAAGCAUCAGAAGAUGAGCAGGAAAAUGUUCUGGAUGUAAUGAUCAAUGCUACAAUCGCUUUGGCCACCCAAUCAGCCAGUACCAAGUCUUUCGGCAGUAUUAACCUCAAGAUCGACAUACUCAGAGCGUGCAUCGAUUUCUGUGAGGCAUUACCAGAUCUACCAGGUGUCGUACAUUUUUCUGCUCUGCUAUUACGAGUUGUUGGUCCGCAGGGAACCAUGACUGUGCACGAGCAUAACCGUCGUGUUACGAUGGUUACUGAAGAACAACUGCGGUUGAUAUCCAACAUGGCAAGGACGAUAAAUGCUGCAGGUAAGAUUGGUCUGCCACAUAUCCGAGCUCUUUACUGGGAUGACUUUCUUGUUCGGAACGUCCAGUGGAUUGACGAUCCGAACAACGAAAAGCUGCGAGAGCGUCACAAAUCUGACUUGCUGUUUGAUUCCGACAACAAACCUGGAAAGUCGCCUUUCUUGUAUAAUCCUUUUGUUAAGGAGACUCACAAGAUGGAAGAUAAAGUUGUUGUCGUUGGCGAGCCGGCUGAGCUUGUUGUCACACUGCAAAAUCCGUACGACUUUGAGAUUAGGAUUGAGCAUUUGUCACUGGUCACUGAUGGUCCAGCGGUUGAUAUCGAGGAGCAUUCCAUCACCUUAGGACCCGCCAGACUUCAAGAUGUUGUAGUUACUGCACGCGCCAAAGAAGAGGGCCAAAUUCGGAUCAUCGGUUGUUCUAUCCGGAUGUUUGGGUGUAAAGAUCAAGUCUUCCCAAUUCACCAGUCAUCUUGGAAACCAGACUUCCCAAUCAAGGUGAAAGAACUUGGCCUCUCGGCCCGGGAUUCGGCAUCCGUCACUACACAGUCACGCAGCUCUAAAGGCCGUUCAUCAAAACCUGUCCUCCCACAGCCAAUGACUGUGUCUGCUGUUGCCAUUCAAGCUCAACCACAUAUUAUCCUUGACAAGCUUGACCUUUCAGAGUCCGCCUUGAUGGUUCUGGAAGGACAGAAGAAAACAUUCCAAAUCACAUUAAGAAACACCUCGUCGCACGUCACAGUCGACUUCCUUCAUAUAUCAUUUGAUGACUCCUUGAAAUCAUCCAUUCAUACAGCUUUGGCAGCCAAGGAGCUUACCAAGCCCGAUAUGUACGGACUUGAGUUAGAGCUGUCUACCAAUCCUACAUUCACAUGGGCUCGAUCAGGAGGUGGUCAAGACAUGACUAUCCUGCCAGGCGAGCUGGCAACCUUCGACAUCACCGUGCUCGGAAAACUAGGUCUUGCAGGCGCAAAGAUCAUGUUCGAUUAUGCAUAUCUAGGCAAACCCUUUUCAGAAGUCGAAGGUCGGGCAUUUACACGCCAAGUUGCAGUGCCAAUUGAUAUUACUGUCAACGCCAGCAUUCAACUCCAUCGAAUCGACUUCAGCGAGUUCCCUGCUGAUUUCGCCUGGACGAAUAGAGAGUUACAGGCACAAGGUCAACGACCAAAGUCACCGCGAUCUCCAUCACAUCCAGUAGAGAAGGGCAAUGAUCGCUUCCGAACUUUGCUGGACCGCGUGGGCUUGGAGUCGAGUAAUGAAGAGCAUUGUUUACUUCUUCUCGAUUUGCGCAACUCAUGGCCAAACCCGUUAACUGUGUCUGUCCAGGUGCGCUCUUCAUCUUCUGAUGAGAGCUGGGAUCGCGCUUAUGCAGUACAUGAAGUUGUUCAUCCUGGUCACGUAGCACGUCUUGUGUUGCUUCUUCCUCGUUUGCAUAUUGCAAAUCCUUAUGCACCCAUCCCAAUCUUGUCCCAGCAAAAUCAACGACAGUUUGUUGUAUCCGCUGAUGGACCAGUUUCUGCAGACCUUGAGCGCGCAACACGAGAGCAAUUCUGGUUCAGAGAGGAAGUACUCAAAUACCUUCGCGGUACAUGGGAAGAAAAGGGCUCAGACAGAAACGGCAAUAUUGAUCUUCGCGGUCUCAGAAUGAGUCCAAAGAUGAUCGAGACAGUACGACUUCAAGACAUUACAACCACAAUGUCUGUUACAUCCACAGAAAAUGACGAUGUUCAACGAAUUGGUCGCAGCAGGUUCACUGUCAAAGCCGAGAGUUUAUUGACUUUACGAACGACUGUACACAACAAGACCAACACCACAAUCAGAGCACUCCUGCGUCUGCAACCAACCCUCGCCGACCAAACCUCUGCAGAAACAAGUCUAGAUAUCUCUCGCCGCUUGCUGUUUAGUGGUGUUUUGCAACAACGUUUGCCUCCUCUUCAGCCACACAGUUCUGUCACUGUUGAACUGGGGCUUUGUCCUCUUGUCAACGGUGAAUUUGAGAUCAGUGCUUUGGUGGAGGAGACUGCAUUGGCGCUGACUGGAAAGAAGCAGAUUGGUGAGGUUGAAACUGAGGAUUUUGAAGCUGGGAAAGAGGGGUUGGAGAGGAAGGAACGCAGGGUUUGGAGGGGCGAGGAGGUGUGUAGGAUUGUUGUUGACUAG